AUGAACUUACCUGAAAAUAUGGAAGAUAUAGAUAUCAAACUGGAUGAAACAACUUACUAUUCAAUACUAGGAUUACAUCCGCAAGCAACAGAUAAUGAAAUACGAAAAUCUUAUAUGAAAUUUGCUAGGAAAUUACAUCCCGAUAAAUCUAAAUCUGAUACGUGUGCAGAACUAUUUAAAUUGGUGGUACAUGCACAUUCAAUAUUGACUGAUAAAGAAUUGAAAUUGGAAUAUGAUAGAGAAUUGAUUAGGAAAGGUUUAAAUAAUUAUUCCCCCAAGAGUAAUAUAGGUGAAUUGCUUAUUAAUAACAAAACUGGUAACACGAACGAUCAUAAAGAUCAUUAUGAUCACCAGGUACCGAAAUUUACAAGGAAAAGUAAACCAUAUGAACAACAACCAUAUGGAUUCGAGGGGAAAUAUAAUAAUACUAAAUCAACCACUAAUGGGGGAAAAAAGACUGCUCGAAAGAAAUCUGAAGAGAAAUCAUUUAAAAAGUUUAAUGUAAAAUCCUAUCAGCAAUCAAAAUACACGGAUACGAAUAAGGACCGUCCUUACGAAGAUAAACACCAUCGCACAUUGAAUACAGAUACAGAUCAACGACAUUUUCCAUAUCAUUAUAAAUAUCAUCACGCUCAUACUCAAGACAACGAUUAUAGAAAUACACAAUUGGAUGAGAACGAUGAAAUAAAACAUCGCGCUUCUAGCAUUCCCUCAUAUCUUCAAGCUGAUGAUAGUCUCAGUCCUGAUGAACUAUCUUUUCAGAGAAAUAACUAUACUGGCAAUAAGAAUAGUAGCGGAAAUUCUGAUGAUGAUAGUAACGUUCGACCAACUUCCGAACAAUCCAAUGAUACAGCUGCACGAAUUUCAGAAGAUCUUGAAGAUCACACUAUACCGACAAACUUAACCUCUAAUGAAGGGUAUAAUACUAAACGAGAUGAUUUGGACGAUGAUCAAGACCGUCCUGGUCGUCAACAGAAAAUGCAUAAAACAAAUUCCACAUCUAAUGUGCCAAAAUCACCAUUUUUCCCAACGAAAGAAUCAAGACAUUAUGCUAGGACGAGGUUCAUGAAUGCUAAUGACCGCAGAAGAUCUAUUUCACCAUUUAAAAAUCCGUCAACAAAGACUUCUUUGUUCGAUCUUAAUGAUCAUUGGGAUACAUUGAAAAGAGUGAUUGAUAUGUUUAAUGAAGAAAAUAAGAGAGAAGAUGAGGCAUAUAAUAUUAAGACUUUAUCGAUAGAUGAUGAAGAUACAGGUUAUAAUACAUCCAGUAUGAAUGAUUCAACCAGUGUGAACUUUAAUACAAGUAAUGAUACAGGGGUUCACGAUAAGUUUAAUUACAGUACAAACCCUUCUAAGAGAAGGAAAACUGAAAGUAACACAUAUAAUAAUGCUAGUGAUGACACUUCAUUUGAUAUGGCAUUUUUUGAACAUAAUUUGAAUAGUAUCCUAAUCCAAGACGAUAAUGAAAAUCAUGAGGAUAUAAUGACAAAUCUACACUCGAUAAAGAUACCUCAAUUACGGAUAUCAGAUAAUUCUAACUCUAUACUGUCUCGACGAGAGAUUGAAAAAUACAUUGAUAAUGGUAACAGAAUGAAGCAGUUUUUUCUCAGGGUUCUAGUUGCUAGACAAUCUACGGUACCCAAUGCAUCAUGUUUGUUGGAUAGACGGGCCUUCCAGGAAUACAUGGAACAACAGAAUAUACAACUAAACGUCAUUAAUAAACUGGCAGAAUUGGAAUAUUCUCUUUGCCUUGGACUCCAGAGGUAUCAUGAUUCUUUGCAAUAG